AAAGAAGAAUAUUGUUCUAAUGUGACACAGGGCCUCUAGUUAAAAGGCAAAAGUAACUUAUGAAAUUGCCACAGUUGUUUUGGGUUAACCCCGACGGGUCUGAGUUAUUUACGGUUGGAGCCACAUGAACCAAUAAAUCAGUGCCACAUGUUUAUUUGAAGCCUCAUGUUCCCUCUCAUAAUUCUGUUAAAGAGGAGGGGCAAUUUUAAACUAAAAAUCCAACGCUAGGGGCAAUUGGGUUUCAAUAGGUUGAGGGAGGGGCAUUUUUAACUUGAAAAAUAACGUUAAAGACGAUUGGGAUCCAAUAGAUCGGAUGAGGGCACGUUGAAACAUUUUCAAUUGCGUAAGGGGCAUUUAUACCGUCAAUAUGCUGUGACAGUAUAGGGGUUUAAAAUUCUUUAUGAAAUGGAUGCACUGAUAGACAUCCAUUAGUAGUCUCAUGCAUGCUUCAACAUAUAUUAUUCACUCAUAGCUAAGACCAACUGUGUUCUGAUACGAAAAUGAUUUCUUUUGAUAGAACGGCGCAAGACAUGCCUUAUAUACCAACAAAUAAUAUUCAUUUAAGACUUAGCUCAAAAGGCAGCAUGUUCUGCAGAUCUCCUGCCUAUCAUCGCUGUUUGAAGUCCACAAUUUUGACAUUGUUUCAUCAUUUGGUAUAAAAACACACAGAAAAUGCACCAAUAAAAUCUAGCAGACCUCUUACUCAUCUCCUAGCAAUUUGUGUGCAAUGAAUGUUAUAGUAAGUUAUUGCCAUUCGAGCUCAGACUUCUAUUCUUUAUCCCUCUCUUUGGAAGGCAUUUACUCUAGGAAACCAAAAAUAGAUGUUUAAUGGCCUGCAUAUGAUUAGUAAAGAGAGUAUUUCAUAACAAGUUAAUAUCCCCGUCCUGUCCAGUUCUCCAUUUCAUUGUAUUCAUCAAGUCCAUUAGCAGCACAUUACAGUUUAUGAACCUUCUAAUUUAGAUUUGGACCAGAAACUCUGAAAUCACAACUAGGUUUAGUUUGUUCAACCAAAAACUAACCAAGUUUUGUCUAAAUUUCUCUGUAGAAAAUUUCUUUCUUUCAGAUGAAAGAAUUUGUAGAGGUUGUGUGCAAGUAGCCUGAACUAGUAAUAUUCCUUUCUGGUACUGAACACGUCCUCGACAUGAAAAGACAAAGUCCUAACCACUACAGCAGAUUGGACAAAAGUCAUUCUUCAUAUUAUACCACUUUCUAUAAGCAAUUCAAGAAUUUAUUCUUCCGAAUUCCCAUAUACAGGCACUGAGUCUAUACACUAGGAUAAUAGUUCUACUUGGUCCUUUCUCCAGUUAUGCAAUUUAAGACUCAAGAACUUCAAUACUAAACCAUCUUUAACAAUUCAUUUCCAUAGUAUAAUUUCCUUAUUCUGUCUAACCAAGUAAUAUUCCUGAUAACUAGAGAUAAUGAGAAUUCAGUUUUUGUAUUGAGUAUUUUCAGAGCUGAAGCAACGGUCCAUUUCGUUGAGAAGCUAGUAUUUGGAAGAGGAACUGUGAACAAGGUUUAUAGUUUAUACGACUUACAUUUUAAAAUGUGGGCUACUUUUUUGUAAAAGGAAAUACUAUGCCUUUGUUUUAACAUCAAAAAGACUUUCCGAGAAGACAAGGGGAAAAAGACAACAUAAUAGUCCAGAAGCACAAACAAAAGAUCAUUCAUAAAAUUUGAAUAAAACUGAGAACUACUUAACAGUGAAGCCACGUCUUUUUUAGCAUAAGCACAAAGUAGAAGUCCGAGUAAGUAAAGUUUCAUCCUAUAAAAAGCAACGAUCUGAUGAUUAUCAAGCAGAACAGCUUUGUAAUUUUUCUGAAGAAGCCACUUCAACAUUUAGCAAAAUCAGCAAGAAAUGGAACUCCAAUCCAAUAGACCACUUGCAUUAUUCUCCAUCGUAAUUCUAGUACUAGCAGCUUCUUGUGAUGCCGGUGGAAUUGCAAUUUACUGGGGUCAGAAUGGAGGUGAAGGAACUUUGGAAGAAACCUGUGCCACGAAGAACUAUGAUUUCGUGAUCAUAGCUUUUCUGCCAACCUUUGGAAAUGGUCAACAACCAAUGAUAAAUCUGGCUGGCCACUGUGAUCCAAGUGUUGGUGAGUGUACCAAAUUAAGCACAGAUAUAAAAUCCUGCCAAGCUGAAGGAAUUAAAGUGAUGUUGUCAAUUGGAGGCGGCGCUGGGAGUUACUAUCUUGCUUCUGCUGAUGAUGCGAGGCAAGUUGCCACUUAUCUUUGGAACAACUUCUUGGGGGGACGGUCAACAAAUCGUCCACUUGGUGAUGCCGUUUUAGAUGGAAUAGACUUUGAUAUUGAAGGAGGAACCAAUCUGUACUGGGAUGUUCUUGCCAAGUCUCUUUCUGCAUAUAGCAGUAUGGGCAAGAAAGUGUACUUAACAGCGGCUCCUCAGUGCCCAUUCCCUGAUGCUUGGAUUGGAAACGCCUUGAAAACAGGCCUUUUCGAUUAUGUUUGGGUUCAAUUCUAUAAUAACCCUCCUUGUCAAUACAGUUCUAGUGAUAUUAGCAAUCUUGAAGCUGCAUGGAAACAGUGGACAGCGGAUAUCCCUGCCACAAAGAUUUUCCUGGGCUUGCCGGCCGCUCCAGCAGCUGCUGGAAGUGGAUUCAUCCCUGCUGGUGACCUCACUUCUCAAGUUCUUCCAUCAAUAAAAACCUCUUCCAAGUAUGGUGGUGUAAUGUUGUGGUCAAAAUACUACGAUGAUCAGACCCAUUAUAGUUCUUCAAUCAAGAGUGAUGUCUGAAGUUCUGAGCUAUAUCUCAGCCCUUACUAGUGACCAAAUAUGUUCUGGUACUAUACAUAUAUAAUACGAUAGCCUGUGUAAUCAUUCAUGUGUUAUAUGUAUCUAAAGGGAAAUACAUUAUCAAUUAAA